UAUGAGUAAGUGCAUUACACACCUACUUCCAUCAUGAUUUAGUAACCUGGUGCUAUUCGCCGCCAGCUGGAAUUCUCGUGUUGCUGUACGGUCAUAAUUAGACCGUUUUGACGAGAAUGUGGACCUAUUUGCAUGCUGCCUUGGUUGUACAUUAUUUUCAUUUCGACACCAAUUAAUAUUCGACAUAAAUAUCAUCCCAACUCUGCCUUCAUCCUCGUGAUACUGCAGCAAUUUAGGCAUUGACACUGGUACGUGUCCAAAACACCAUAUGUGGACUACCUCUCUUCGAUAUGGAAUUUUAUGGCUCUGUGUUUUGCUUUUAGCUAGCAACGAUGUGUAAUGACGUCACCCACUUCCGAUACUGAUUUAGUCUCUGUUGGACAUGUGAUCAAAGACAAGUGGCGCAUUACGAAAAAAAUUGGUGGUGGUGGUUUUGGGGAAAUAUACGAAGCGCAAGAAAUCAAUGGCCAGGAGAAGGUUGCACUGAAACUAGAGUCUGCGAAGCAACCUAAACAGGUUCUUAAGAUGGAAGUCGCUGUCCUCAGAAAGCUUCAGGGGAAAACUCACGUUUGCAAAUUUCUCGGCUGUGGACGAAAUGAGCGAUACAGCUACGUUGUUAUGACACUUCAGGGUAGAAAUCUUGCUGACCUGCGCCGCAGUAUGUCACGUGGAUUUUUCUCCAUCUCCACAACUAUUCGACUGAGUGCACAGAUUUUGGACGCGAUUGAGAAUAUUCAUGCCUCCGGCUUUCUGCACAGGGACAUUAAACCAUCCAAUUUUGCCGUCGGACGCCUACCGACCAACAGCCGUACCAUCUACAUAUUGGACUUUGGGCUCGCUCGUCAAUAUGUCACGCCGAAGGGCGAUGUUCGCCCCCCAAGACCUGUCGCCGGUUUUCGCGGCACCGUCCGGUAUGCUUCCCGAAAUGCUCACAUGAACCGUGAAAUGGGCCGUCAUGACGACCUUUGGUCUAUGUUUUAUAUGCUAGUGGAAUUUGCUUCAGGCCAGCUUCCUUGGCGACGAAUAAAGGAUAAGGAACAAGUCAUCAGGUUAUGCUCUUGCACUUGUUAAACUCAAUUGCGAGGCCAUGGCGCCAUGCACUUUUAUAACCACACCGUCGGCUCCAAUCAAAAAGCACUUUCCGGCUCUAAUGAAUACUCACUUUGGUUCUUCCCUCCACCCCACACGUGUGUUCCACCGCAACCUUCGCUUAACCCCAUUCCAUGUCCCGAAGUGAAAAUGUGCCGUUUUUCCCACGCUCUUCGAGACUGAGUGCAUUUACCGAUCGUCUCUUUUGCGUUCCAUUCUCACCCCGCUGAUACCAAAAACGAGUGCACUGCGCAUCUCCAGGUGUCACUGAUUUAACAUGGAGUAUGAUCAGUCCUGUUUUGCGUUGAAUCACCAUUGUUUUAACGAUUCAUCUCUCAGUUUAAAUUAUCCUUCUUACCUAAGCCACCCCGUUCAGCUUCUUCAGUGAUGCAUCAAAAUUUAACUUUUCUUAACCUUGUCCUUCUGUUGAGGAGCUUGAUCUCCAAGGAUUCCUGCUCACUCACAUUCUACAACACUCAGGCUGGCUACAGAAUGACAUUAUUACACGCCCUGCGUCAUAUUCUAUCGCCGUGAGUACUAUUGUUGUCCAUACCAGUUAUUGGCGUGACCUGGAUAGAAACCUCUCUGUUGAUCCGUCAUCUUGGCGUCUUCAUUCCUCUUUUUUCACGUCGGGCCACAUGUAGCG